GUGUCAGCGUCCCUGUAACAGGAUUGCCUGUUCCACCGCGCCGUCCGCCGGAGCACCGCCGCGCCGGAGCGGUCCUGCGCCUCCGUCCCUUCGCUCACGGAGACGUCGCAGCAGGCCGCAGCACGACGGUUCUGUCUCGGUGGCCGGCGGAGCUGCAACCUGGCCAGAAGAAGCCGUCGCUUCCCCAGAUUUUUACAAGUUCCGAUCAGAAUAUUUGCAUCACGGAGAAGCCACCACCUCGGGAAUCUCGCGUCGCCGUGAUGAAGGUGGAGCUUGCAGCGGGCACCUCCCAGACCGGCAAGGCGGAGGAGACUCCGCCGCCGUCCCCGGCAGCCGCUGCCGCACCAUCCGCGGCGGAGGACGCGCCGCUCCUCCCCGACGGGGGCGUGCGGCGCCGGGCGGGGUGCGGGCGGUUCGCGCAGCGCAGCGGCUCCUUCCGCCGCGAGGUCGGCCGCGCCGCCGCUGAGACCUUCCUCCUCACGAGGCUCACCUUGAUCCUGCUCCGCUACCUCGGGAUAGGCUAUAGAUGGAUCCGGCAGUUUCUAGCCCUCUGCUGUUAUACUUUCUUGCUGAUGCCAGGUUUUAUUCAAGUUGUAUAUUAUUAUUUCUUCUCUAGCCAUGUUCAUAGGAGUGUUGUAUAUGGUGAUCAGCCAAGAAACAGAUUGGACUUGUAUAUACCCACUACUACGACAGGGUUAAAGCCAGUUGUGGCAUUUGUGACUGGUGGAGCAUGGAUCAUAGGGUACAAAGGUUGGGGGGCCCUUUUAGGCAGACGCUUAGCAGAAAGGGGCAUCAUAGUUGCAUGCAUUGAUUACAGAAACUUUCCUCAAGGGACCAUUGGUGACAUGGUAGAAGAUGCUUCUCAAGGAAUCUCUUUUGUCUGCAACAAUAUAGCAAGUUAUGGAGGUGAUCCUAACAGGGUUUACCUUGUUGGACAAUCAGCUGGUGCACAUAUUGCUGCGUGUGCCCUCUUAAACCAGGCCAUUAGAGAAUGCGGUGAAGGAGAUACUUCUUCUUGGAGUGUUUCUCAAAUAAAAGCUUACUUUGGCAUUUCUGGCGGGUACAAUCUCCUUAAUUUGGUUGAUCAUUUCCAUAGACGUGGCCUUUAUCGAUCCAUCUUUCUCAGUAUUAUGGAAGGUGAAGAGUCACUGCAGAAAUUCUCUCCACAAGUGAUGAUUAAGGAGUCAUCUGCUAGAUCUGCAGUUUCUUUGUUGCCCCAUAUUAUCCUUUUCCACGGAACAAGUGACCAUUCAAUACCAUCAGCUGAAAGCCAAGCAUUCGCUGAUGCUUUACAACAGCAUGGUGCAAAAGCAGAUCUAUUCUUGUAUGAAGGAAAGACACAUACUGAUUUAUUCCUUCAGGAUCCUCUUCGUGGUGGUAGGGAUAAAAUGCUUGAAGAGAUCGCCAGUGUGAUACACAGCGAAGAUCCAGACGUAUCUGCCGACCACCACGUCGUUCCUGUUGCACGGCGUCUUGUUCCUGAAUUCAUGUUGAAGCUCGCUGGGAGAGUAAGCCCUUUCUGAAGAUGGUGGUGGUUUGUGAUUGCAGCAUGAACCAGAUGUAACUGUAAAGAUUAUUGUACAUUAGGGGGAGGCAGCCUGGCGCCAAUUGGGUCCUGCGUUAGGAUUUUAUUUUUAUUUUUUUUUAAUGACGAAAAAUAUUUUUGGUCCCUGAUCAGCGAGUCAACUGCCAUCCCAACUCCCAAGCCCUAGUCACGUUGAGAAGCUACGGACCCGCUGUAUACAUCGAUCAGGACGUGUCAUUUUUUGGUGCUGGUCGCGCAUACUACCGAUAUUUCCUGUGACGUUUGUCAUUGUUGUAUUGUAUUUUUAUCUCUCGAAGGCUUAUUAAGCUCUUUAA